AUGUACCUAGGUACCAAGUACCUCUACACGCCCUUCCGCUCCCGCUCCCGAGUCCCCACGAAUCUCGUCAGUGUCGAUGUCAAUAUCAACGAACGUCAAACCUCCAUCAUUAACCGCAAUGACUACGGCAUACAGAGGAGGAUCAUGGCCCUUAACUCUUGGAAAACGUUCGACUUCUUCGAGGUUACCCAGGUGAAGCCGCCAGAUGACGAGAGCAAGUCCUUCCUCGACAGCAAUGAGAUCAGCUGCGUUUGCUCCGGAUCCGAGAGCCUCUUCCUGGGUGGCCAUGACGGCGCGGUCCGCAUCCUCUCCCCCUCGUUCAAGGUCCUGCGGGCGUUCCAGGCGUAUGAUGCCGGGUCUAUCACCCAUAUGAAGCAGGUUGAGGGAACGUCCCUAUUGGUCACUAUAUCCGAAGACCUACCCAGUGAACCAAUACUCAAGGUAUGGGCGCUGGAUAAGCCAGUAAAGAAGACUGGUCUGCCGACAUGCCAGUCUACCCUGAGCAUUCAGAACGGCCGGAAACCAUUUCCGAUUUCAGCCUUUGCGGCGCUCGAUGACCUUUCACAACUCGCGGUUGGGUUUGCGAAUGGAUCCGUAACAGUUAUACGAGGGGAUCUUAUCCAUGAUAGAGGGGCGAAACAACGGACAGUCUAUGAAUCAGAGGACCCAGUGACCGGCGUGGAAUUUCGCCAGGAGUCGAAGCUGAUAACCUUGUAUGUUGCGACCACCGCGCGUAUCCUAAAACUUGUGAUAUCGGGGAAAGGCGCUGGACAGCCGGCACGGAAUGUGGAAGAGUCCGGGUGUGCUGUUGGAUGCAUGACUGUUGACAAGCAUAAUGGGGAUAUUGUUGUGGUGCGAGAAGAUGCCAUUUAUUACUAUGGCAUCGAUGGGCGUGGCCCUUGCUAUGGUUAUGAUGGCCCUAAAAGCCUUGUGGCGAUAUACGAAGAUUAUGUUGCGUUGGUUUCGCCGCCCCCCUCAACCGCUACAACACCAACCAAGUCGAGUGCCCUUCGUCGAUUUGGCGGCGCCCAAGCUGACGAAAUAUUCAAUACCUCUACAUUUACUUUGCUAGAUACUGAUUUGAAAUUUGUUGCACACUCAGAAUCUUUGGUCUCCCAGGUCAAGGCAUUGUUCAUGAUUUGGGGUGAUCUCUUUACACUAACUCAAGAUGGCAAGAUAUUCCGCUACCAUGAGAAAUCAUUGCAACAAAGACUCGAAAUUUUGUACCAACGUAACCUAUUUUUAUAUGCUGUCAACUUGGCGCAGAAGGCCGGUAUGGAUGCGGCUCAGCAGAACGUGAUAUUCCGAAAAUAUGGUGAUCACCUGUACCAAAAGGGAGAUUAUGAUGCCGCGAUGCAGCAGUAUCUUAAAGCAAUUGACAACACUGAACCUUCCCAAGUCAUUCGAAAAUUCCUUGACACCCAAAGGAUACACAACCUGAUCGAAUACCUUGAAGAGCUGCAUGAGCAUCACAAAGCUACUGCAGAUCAUACCACUCUUCUUCUAAACUGCUACGCAAAGCUUAAGGAUAUCGAUAAACUCGAGAAAUUUAUCAAAUCGCCGGGCGAUCUCAAGUUUGACCUUGAUACGGCAAUCUCCAUGUGCCGACAAGGCGGUUAUUAUGAACAAGCAGCUUAUCUCGCUACUAAACAUGGCGAACACGAGUUAGUAGUAGACAUACUAAUCGAGGAUUCGAUGCGAUAUGCGGAGGCGCUCCAAUACGUAUGGCGCUUGGAGCCUGAAGCAAUGCAUGUGAAUUUGAUGAAAUAUGCCACUGUGUUGCUGGAGCAUUGCCCCGCAGAAGCGACACAGCUAUUCGUUGAAUACUUCACGGGACACUUUCGUCCAAGAACCGAUGCCAUUGUAGUUCCAGAACAGUCCCAACAACCUGGCUACGCCCAGGGUGCUGUCACCGCAGUGCAGAACCUAAAGGAUCUCCUCCCAUUACCAUACAUGAGCACCUCGGCCGUAGCAUCGCAACCUACUCAAGCCAAGGUUGCCACCACAGUCAGCGAUACCCAAGUUGUCGAGAGCCCGGACCAGUUAUCUGCUCCACGAUGUACACCUCCGCAACCGAGAAUUGCAUUUUCUUCCUUCGUGGACCAUCCCGAUGAGUUCAUCGUCUUCUUAGAGGCUUGUCUCAAGGAAAAGGAUCUAAAAGAACCAGAUAAAAUCGACCUCUACACAACCCUCUUUGAAAUGUAUCUGCACAAGUCAAAUGAGAAAAAAGGCGACAACCGAGAAGAAUGGGAAGCCAAGGCCAAGAAGUUGAUCGAAGGCAAGGAUAUCCCGAUAGAUACUUCCAAUGUUCUUUUGCUUUCUCAUCUAUCCAACUUUCGAGAUGGGACAAUCCUCGUUCGCGAGCAAGCUGGGCUUAGAUUUGAUAUAUUCCGUUCAUACACUUCAGCCAAGGACACCCGUGGUGCUAUCAAAGCUCUCAGGAAAUAUGGCCCAGACGAACCACAGCUGUAUCCUGCUGCUCUAGCGUACUUCACAUCCGAUCCACGGAUCCUCGAAGAGGCUGGUGAUGAGCUUGAUGCAGUCCUCAAGAAAAUAGAUCAAGAUGGCCUUAUGGCCCCAUUACAAGUCAUUCAAACUCUGAGCACAAAUGCCGUUGCAACGAUGGGAAUGAUCAAAACAUAUCUCCAACAAACAAUCGAUCGCGAACGUAAAGAGAUUACUUCCAACCGCCGAUUGAUAAAUUCCUAUCGCACAGAAACACAGGAGAAGCGUGACGAAAUCACUGAACUCACCACCAAACCCCAAACCUUCAACAACACCCGCUGUUCCUUCUGUGGUUCACAGCUCACUCUACCUGCUGUGCACUUCAUGUGCAAGCACAGCUUUCACCAGACAUGCAUCAACGUCCAGGUAGCAGACGACGGGAGUGUGGAGGGCGACUGUAGUAUUUGCAGGAAAGAUAAUGAUACGAUUCGAGCAUUCGUCAGGUCUCAGGAUGAGACGGCGGAUAAGCAUGAUAUGUUUCUUGAUGCACUAGGGAGGGACGGGGAUAAAUUUGGCACUAUUAGUGAGUUCUUCGGGAGAGGUGUUAUGGAUGUUCCUGCUGUAGACUAG